CAACUACCUAAACUAACCUUUUGAAAUAAAAAAUUGUUGUUUACAGUUUUAAAUAUUGUUAAUAAACUGUAUCUUUUUAUGAUUCAUAUUUAAGUUUUGAUCUGAUGGAAUUUCCCCUUUUAUCAAGAAACCAAUGCUUGCACACCUCAGUUUAUGUUUCGCCUACUCUAUUCAUACACGAAUCUCACCUCUUCUCUACGAUGUAUUUCGUCAGUCGUUUACUGCACCGUGUCUAGUGUCCACUGACAUUUGUAAUCAAUAAUGGCUGAAAAACUGCCGGAAUCGAUUAACUUUCCCCUUGAGGAAACAGCAGUAUUGGAACUUUGGAAAGAACUCGAUGUUUUCAAAAAUUGUUUGAAACAAUCUCAGGGCAAACCACGCUAUUCCUUCUACGAUGGGCCGCCUUUUGCAACUGGGUUACCUCAUUAUGGUCAUAUUUUAGCUGGUACUAUUAAAGAUAUUGUAACAAGGUAUGCACAUCAAAAAGGGUUCCACGUUGAACGAAGAUUUGGAUGGGAUACUCAUGGUUUGCCGGUAGAAUUUGAAAUUGAUAAAGCUCUCAAUAUUACUGGUCCAGAUGAUGUAAUGAAAAUGGGAAUAGCUAAUUACAACAAAGAAUGUAGAAAUAUUGUAAUGAGAUAUGCCAAUGAAUGGGAAACUAUUGUCAAAAGAUUAGGAAGGUGGAUAGACUUUGAAAAUGAUUACAAAACUUUGUAUCCAUGGUAUAUGGAAUCUAUUUGGUGGGUUUUCAAACAGUUGUUCGAUAAAGGUUUAGUUUAUCAAGGUGUUAAAGUGAUGCCUUUUUCAACUGGCUGCAAUACACCACUGUCAAACUUUGAAUCUGGACAAAAUUACAAAGAUGUCGUUGAUCCUUCUGUAGUAGUUUCGUUUCCUUUAGAUGAUGAGCCUGGAGUACACAUGCUAGCUUGGACAACAACCCCGUGGACAUUGCCUAGUAAUCUAGCAAUUUGCUGUAAUCCAAACUUUGAAUACAUUGAAAUACUUGAUCACAAGUCAAACAAAACAUUUAUUUUACUGGAAUCUAGUUUAUCGAUCAUUUACAAAUCACCUGAUUUGUAUACUGUGAAAGGAAAAAGACAAGGUUCAGAUUUACUUGGAAAAACGUAUGAACCAAUAUUUCCGUAUUUUGCACAUUUAAAAGAAAAAGGUGCAUUUAGAGUGUUGAAUGAUCCAUAUGUAACAGCUGAAUCAGGAACUGGAGUAGUACAUCAAGCUCCUUACUUUGGAGAAGACGAUUAUCGUUGUUGUUUAAAGGCUGGUAUCAUUACUAAAGAUCAAGAGAGCAUUUGUCCUGUAAAUAGUUCUGGAUGCUUCACAGAACCUGUCACAGAUUUUCUUGGAAAAUAUGUCAAGACCGCCGACAAAGAAAUAAUUAAAAACCUUCAAUCUAGAGGUAGACUGAUACAUAGUGGUACAAGUAAACACAGUUAUCCAUACUGUUGGCGUUCAGACACACCACUUAUUUACAAAGCUGUGCCAUCAUGGUUUAUCAAAGUAGAAUCUAUAAAAGAAAAAUUGCUGGAAGCCAGUGCUCAAACCUACUGGGUACCGGAUUAUGUAAAAGAGAAACGCUUUGGCAAUUGGCUGAGGGAUGCACGCGAUUGGGCGAUCAGUCGUAAUCGCUACUGGGGUAAUCCAAUGCCACUUUGGAUUUCCGAAGACAGAAAAGAAGUCAUGUGCAUAGGCAGUAUUGCAGAAUUGGAACGACUGACCGGCAAGAAAAUUACGGAUAUCCAUCGAGAGAGCAUCGAUGACUUGGAAAUACCAUCGUCGCGACCAGGCCAACCUCCACUACGUCGCGUUCCCGAAGUCUUCGACUGUUGGUUCGAAUCCGGCUCGAUGCCUUACGCACAAAUGCAUUAUCCAUUCGAGAACACGAAAGAAUUCGAGGAGAGUUUCCCAGCGGACUUUAUCGCCGAAGGUAUCGACCAAACGCGAGGCUGGUUUUAUACCCUGCUGGUGAUCUCAACGGCAUUGUUCGGUCGACCACCUUACAAGAAUCUAAUAGCCAACGGCUUGAUCCUGGCGUCGGACGGCCAAAAGAUGUCGAAGCGAAAGCGCAACUAUCCCGACCCGAUGGAAGUGGUGACGCGUUACGGCGCCGACGCUCUGCGUCUCUACCUGAUCAACUCGCCGGUGGUGCGAGCGGAAAAUCUGCGCUUCAAGGAGGAAGGCGUGCGCGACGUCGUGAAGGACGUCCUGCUGCCGUGGUACAACGCGUUCCGCUUCCUGCUGCAGAACGUGGAGCGCUUCGAGCGCGCCGAGAAGCGCAAGUUCGUCUACAAGCCGGACGAGCUGGUGGGCGCGGGCACGGGCAAUCUCAUGGACCGCUGGAUCCUCUCGUUCACGGAGUCGCUGCUGCAGUUCAUCGAGACGGAGAUGAAGGCCUACCGGCUGUACACGGUGGUGCCGCGACUGGUGCACUACAUCGAGAACCUGACCAACUGGUACGUGCGCAUGAAUCGACGCCGGCUGAAGGGCGAGAGCGGCCCCGGCGAGUGCGAGCGGGCCCUCAACGCGCUCUGCCACGUGCUGCACACGAUGACGCGGAUCAACGCCCCGUUCACGCCCUUCCUCGCGGAGUUCAUGCACCGGCGGCUGAGGCCGCUGCUGGCCGCCUCGAGCGAGCUGUGCGCCGAGAGCGUGCACUACCUGCAGGUGCCCGCGCCGAGGCUCGAGCUCGUCGACCUGCCGACCGAGAGCGCCGUCACGGGCAUGCAGGCCGUCAUCGAGCUGGGCAGGCUGCUGCGCGACCGGCGCACCAUGCCCCUCAAGUACCCGCUGCCCGAGGUCGUGGUCAUCCACCAGGACCAGGCGGCCCUCGACGAGCUGCGCACCCUCGAGCCCUACGUCCUCGACGAGCUCAACGUGCGCAAGCUCACGCUCACCCACGACAAGAAGGCCUACGGGGUAAGCCUAAGGGCCGAGCCGGAGCACCGCAGCCUCGGCUCCAAGUACAAGGCCGACUUCCGCAAGCUCACCGAGCUCAUUCGCCAGCUGAGCGACUCCCAGCUGCAGGACUUCCUGCGCCGCAAGUCCAUCGAGCUGUCGUCCGGCCACGUGAUCGAGGAGAGCGAGCUGCGCAUCCUGUUCACGUUCGACGGGCCGCGCUCCGAGGAGCUGCGCCAGCGCUACGAGGCCGAGUGCCGCGGCAGUCUGCUCGUGCUCCUCGACUGCACCCAAUCCGAGGAGAUGCUGAACGAGGGCCUGGCGCGCGAGUUCGUCAAUCGCGUCCAGAAGCUCCGCAAGAAGGCCAAGUUGCAGCCCCACGAUCCGGCUCACUUGUACUUCGAGUUCGGCAAGGAGUCGGAGGCCGACCAAGUGGCCAAGGCCGUGGACAUGCACAAGGACUUGAUCGAGUCGACCACCAAGACGCCCCAGUUCCCCGUUUCCGCCAUGCAAGCCGGCGACCCUGUUCUCGAAGAGGAAAAGUGCGAUCUCAAGGGAGUCACUUUGCGACUGCUCCUCGUCUCGGCCAAAAAUCAAUUGGACAAGCCCAAGUACUUGCCGGAAUCCAGCAAGUACGUCAACGUCGAGCUGACGAGCUCGCUUCAGCCGCGCUACGGAGCAAAGUCGCGCUACGCGACCCUCUGGCUGCAGGACCAUCUACGUGGCGAUGCACCUCUGAGCUUCGGCCAACUCAAGCAGGAAGUCGCUCGGGUAUUCGGCAUUCACGGCUGUCAUUACGACAUUUACGAUUCGACUGGAAAGAUUCUCAAUGACAAAAGCGAUAUCUUGUCUUAUCACAAGAGUCUUCUUAGCGUCGUCAAGACUGGUGAAAAUUGCCCGGAAUCGUCGAGGAAAUUGGCCUGGCCUGCUUGCUGCUUGAUGAACGUCUCUUACAACAAAGCCGGCAAAAAAGUCGAGUAUUCAGUAUUCCUAGAAAAUCCUAAACAAAGCUACGUACUCGAUCAAGGGAAAAUUCGAGCCAAUCUAGCUGGUGUACUUUCGAAUUCCAAUGUCAAUGUGCCUAAUGAACCGAUCGACAAACUCAAUGGUUUUGUGCUCAACGCUUGAUGCUGACAACAUUUUAAUAGGAAACACUACGUUCAAAGUCAUUGUUUUUUUCACGUUUGUUAAUAACGAGCUUUUGUUAGUACAAUUGGACAAGUCUUUAGUAUGGUAUAAUUUACAUGUAUAUUGUACGUAUUUGAAUAAGAUAACAAAUUGAAUUUACAA